AUGAUAUGGAUUCAUGGCGGUGGAUUUGAAGGUGGUUAUGGACAUCAGAACGAUGUAACAGAUUUUGCCAUGACAGGAAAUGUUAUCGUCGUUACUCUUAAUUAUAGAUUGGGUGUGUUUGGAUUUUUCGCUAUGGACCAUCCGGCCGCUAGAGGAAAUUUUGGGUUAUGGGAUCAAAAAAUAGCAAUACAAUGGGUGCACGAUAACUUUGAAGCUUUAGGUGGCAAUUCAAAUUCCGUAACCAUUUUCGGAGAAUCGGCAGGUGCAAUGAGUACAUCGCUGCAGUCCCUGAUUUCUGCAAACAAAGGCUUGUUUCAGAGAGUUAUAUGGCAGAGUGGUGUCCAUAGCAGAAUUCUGAUGCGUAAACCGGAUGCUGUCAGGGAAUAUGCGACAGGUCUAGCAAAUAGAACUGGCUGUUCAAUUGAUGAUGAAUAUGCAUUGUUGAUUGUCUGA